UGUAGCAGUGAGUGGCUGCAACAAAAAGCCCAGAAUAAUAUCCCUGGCUCCCCGCUCGGCUUUUUUUCGCCCCUCUCUCCUUGCGUCUCAGCAAGCAGAUGAGGGCUCUGCUCACGGCUCUGCGGAUGCUAUGUUGGGACUUAGGCAGCGUCAAGAGCAAAAUCUUUGGAUGCCAUCAACAAGUUAAGGGUUGCGGACUAAAGCCAUGAAAGGGAAAAGGCUUGAUCUUAAAGUAACCAGCUGAUCUGUCAUCAUUGCAGAGGAAAGGAAAGAAAAGGGUAAAGACUAAAGGGAGGGGAAGAACCUUUUCCAGAAUCACAGGGACUAACUGCUCAACUUGAAAAAAUAUAUCAGCUAUAGAAAGGAUUUGUCAGAAAGAGGACAAUUCAAUGCUUUGUUGGAUUUUAUGUGACAGCAAAGAAAAACUGGAAUUAACAUCCUGGGACAUGGAAAUUUAUAUUUUCUCUCCUUUGCGUGGGCUCAGUAUUGCUUCAUUUCAAAAGCGACUGGUUCAUUUUGCGCUUUUCCAAAAAGGUUCAUUCCCUUUGGAUUUUUCUUCCAUGAGGAUGCUCAAAAAGUCUGCAACGGACAAGGACAGUUGAAUGCAGCUUCCGAUGUGCACAAAAGAAUGGGUUUUCAUUCAAGGUGGCCAUUGGUGGGACCUGCACCAGCGGCUCUGUGUCUGUAUAUGAUCAGCAUGCUUCUUGUGUGCCUGCUGCCUUCUGCAUCAUGCACAACCUGCCCUCAAAAAUGCCGCUGUGAGGACCUGCAGUUCUACUGCGACACCCAAGGACUACAGGCACCCCCAGAUGGUGUGGACAAAGGGGCCCUGGGGCUUUCACUACGGCACAACAGUAUCACUGAACUCAGCCCAGAUCAAUUCUACGGCUUUAGUCAGCUUACCUGGUUACACCUUGACCACAACCAGAUCACAACAGUUCAAGAAGAUGCCUUUCAAGGGCUCUACAAGUUGAAGGACCUCAAUCUGAGCUCCAAUCGUAUCACCAAGUUGCCAAAUACAACCUUCAUUCACCUCAUCAAUCUGCAGAUUUUGGACCUGUCCUUCAAUCAGAUGACAGCACUGGAACCAGAACUGUUCCAUGGAUUAAGAAAGCUCCAAAUACUCCACCUUCGGUCCAAUUUACUUCGUACCACACCUGUUCGGGCAUUCUGGGACUGUCGGAGCCUGGAAUACCUUGGCCUGAGCAGCAACCGUCUAAGGAGUCUAGCACGAAAUGGUUUUGCUGGGCUCAUUAAACUCAAAGAGCUCCACUUGGAGCACAAUCAGUUGACAAAGAUCAACUUGGCCCAUUUCCCACGCCUCGUUGGCCUCCAAUUUCUCUACCUGCAGUGGAAUAAGAUCAACAACAUAACUUGUGGCAUGGAAUGGACCUGGACUACUUUAGAGAAGCUGGACCUAACAGGAAAUGAGAUCCGUGUCUUGACACCUGAUGUCUUUCAAACGCUGCCAAAUCUGAAAAUAUUAUUGUUGGAUAACAACAAAUUAAGUAGUCUGGAUGCCCAAGUCAUGGAUAUGUGGCAGUCCCUAAGUACUGUUGGAUUGUCUAGCAACCUCUGGGAAUGUACCAAAAGGAUUUGCUCUCUAGCCACUUGGCUAAGCAGCUUCAAGGGAAGGUGGGAACAUUCAAUUCUCUGCCAUAGCCCCGAAUAUGCCCAAGGUGAAGAAAUUCUUGAUGCUGUAUAUGGAUUCCAACUUUGUCAGAAUUUCUCAGCACCAGUUGUCCAGACCACUAGUACAACCACAGACGCUACCACAGCUGCAGAGAUGACAAGCUCCUUUUUUGGAAUUAUGCAGCCAACCCCGACGCAGGACUACGCAGAGGAUUUUGGGAGCUUUACCACACUAACAACCACAAUAACCACAACACAAACACCUAUCAUAUUUCAAGCAACCACCACUGCAAUGGAAGAAGCAGCGGUGACAGAUGACUUCUCUAUCAUGGACAACACUGUUAUGACUCAUAGGGUUAUUAUGGGAACUAUGGCUCUUCUGUUUUCAUUCUUUUUCAUCAUAUUUGUUGUAUAUAUCUCACGGAAGUGCUGCCCCCCAACCCUGCGCCGAAUACGCCACUGUUCCGCUAUUCAGAACCGCAGACAGAUGAGGACCCAGCAGCGGCAGCCAAUGGCAGAUUUAGCUACACAGGUGCCCUAUAAUGAGUAUGAGCCCAGCCAUGAGGAAGGCGCACUUGUGAUCAUUAACGGAUACGGGCAGUGCAAGUGUCAGCAACUGCCUUACAAAGAGUGUGAAGUGUAAACUCUUAAUUUAUUUCUAUGGCAAACGUUUUGCCAUUUGACCAUUUGAUGAUACAGGGUUUGCUUUUUGAAUUCGUUUUCCAGAUCAUGUUUAAAAAAAAAAAAAAAAAAAAAAAAAAAAGAAUUAAAAAAAAAAAAAAAAAAGGAAUUUCUACUUUCUGGGAUUUGGAGAAAAAAAAAAAACAUGAAAAAUGCUUAUUGAUCCAAUGACAGAUAUGACAGUAUUAAGGUGACGUAGACAUAGGCAUACAUUUAUUUUUCUAUGAAUGGAAGUUGUUCGUACAAGGCAGGGGCAAUCAUUUUAAACGCGUCAAAUGUGAGAUCUGUCUCCACCUUGUCAGUUUUUUUCAGCACAAAGCAAAUAGUCAAAUGACCCUUUGCAAACUACAUUAAGUUGAAACAUUGUGUUUUUCUUUUUAAGGGAAUUUCAAAUCAGUUCUUAACCACAUCACAGGCACUGUAAACAAGGCAACAAACACUCGUUUGGAACUAUAAAUUGGAUAAAUUGUUCUGGGAUAAAACACUUGCCAUCACAGUUUAAAAAAAAUAUAUAUAUAUAUAUACAUAUAAGAUAUAAUUCCGAGGGGAAUCUAUUCGAAAGAUUACAUCUUCAUAGUAACUCUGAUGUAAACCUCUAACGAGAGCUAUAUAUACAAAACUAAAAGUUAAUGCCGUCUUUGUAAAAAUACAAUUACGUUAUUUUAUUUGAUUCUGACAAAGGUUGCAAGUGCAUUCUUAAAAAUGCUAUCUUGUUGUUGCAUUGGUGAAUGGAGACAAGAAAAGGCUAAUAAAUAGCGCACAUGGCAGAUAAGGGACCAUUUUAUUCUGAAAAUCAAACCUUUCCCAGUUCCCGAGGCUCUUAACUGCUAACACACUAAUCAGGACUGACAGCCCCAAGAUUAAACCAAUUAGGGCAAGGCAAAAGAAUCAAAUAUUCUGUUACCCACACCAGUGAUCCGGCAAUAUUUGCCUUGUUCAGACACAAAUAUAGUUCUUAUUAGACCAAGUCUAUGUCACACAAACGCAUAAGUGAGUCUUUUUAUGAAAAACUUUCUAUUCAGAGACAGACAACAUGCACACAUCUAUACUAUGACAGUUACCGGUUGUGUCAGUCUAAACCUGUGGUCAAUACCUUAAAAACAAAUGGAGAUCAAGUGAUAAGCAAACAGAAAGCCUGGGUCAGGACACAUUUGUAUGCAGGAGGGAGAGGAUAUGCAUUAGCAUCAGACUAAAGCUGCUGCCGCAGCUCCGCACUUUGUGCUCACUUUGGUGGUGGGGGGCAGGGUGAAGGAGAGCACCACAGAGGAUAUAAUGCUGAGCAUGGAGGGUAAAAACUCUAGUUUAAAUUAAACAAAUGCCCAAUGUGAACAUUUCUGACCUUUUAAAAUGCUGAAUGCUAACUGUCAACAUACUUAGUUUUGCAUUGAAAAUUUUACAAUUUGCUGUCCAAUUUAAACUUGGGAAAAUGUUGAGAAAAUGUUUCAUCACCAGUGAUAGAUCAAUGUUCCACUUCACCCAAGUUAGACUAGAGACAGCCAGGAGGUAUCAUUUGUGGCUCCCUGCCAACCAAAUUUUGGUUUAUUAUCCAAAUACACGUGUGUGUCAGUGUGGAAGCAUAUUGUUAUGAGAUGUCGACGAUAAAUUCUGAGUGUUUUUAUACACCAAAAAUUGUUUUAUUUAAGUGCAAUGGAAAAAUGAGUUCCAAAUUGAAGCAGGUACUGCUGUGAUUCUACUUUUGAUUUCUUUCAGCUUCGCACUGCUAUUACAACAACCUUCUAUCCGUCUUGCAUGUUUGAAAGUGCCAUCCAGGAAACAGACAUUCUUUUACGGUACAACAAAAGCGAGGAUUAUAUGGCAUUCCAAUACAGUUUGAUCAACUAAUCAACAGUUCACUGUUAAAAACUAUGGUUGUACCAUGUGACUGAAAAGCCACAACAUUUGUAGAAAUAUGCAUCCUCUGCACUUUGGCUCUUUGUAAAAUGUUUUCGUUUCGUUGUCAUCCUCUAGCUCCCUAUCCUGCCGGGUAAAAAAAAUAAAUAAAAGGAAAAAAAACAAGGAAAUGGAUCCCUUCCUCUCUUUCCCAGCAUCUUCAUGUAAAAUGAAUGCUUUGCAUCUUUUGUAUUGUAAAUGUAAAAUUUCAUAUCUGUAUAGUGCAUAGGAUGUGCCAUCAUUAAAAAAUCCUCGAAACAUACAGUAUAUUUUUAAAUAAAAUGAAUAAAAUAACAGUGUACCUGAUGAAUGCUCAAAUUUUACUUUAGUUCACUUGGCAAUUAUCCAAAGAAAGAAUAUGUUACGAUACAACAGUUAUUACAUGAGUCACUUAAAAACUGAAAAAAUAUCAGGUUCUCCAGGGAAUUAUGGACAACAAUUUAAUCUGAUUACAGUGAAAGUGCUAAUGGCAAAGAUUGUGGUACAUUUAACUCCCAGCAAUGUACAAUGAAACUCCUCUAGAGGCAAAAGAAGCAUCAGCUAAGCAGUGCUUAUUGGUCAGCUCCUGGAGAGAUAGGCAUACUAAGUAAACUCUCAAAGAGAAUUGCUUAUCAUUUUUAGCUUGAUAUUCAGUGAACCAAAAGUUUGUUAUGUUGAAUUUUGUAUUUAAUUCAAAGCUUGACGUUUCAAAGAAACUGAAUUCCAAAUGUUUUUGAAGUCAUGGCAAAUGUAAGUCAAAUAAAAGCAGUCCCAUUAAAGAUUGCUCCAUCAAACUUACAUUUUUACUUCUGAUAUUUUUCUCUUGGAUUUACAGAUGCAAAAAAACAAAAUUGCAAGCUGCUUCAAUUAGUUUGUCACUUCCUAAACAUAAAAGAAUAACUAAUGUCUGCGACUGAUGCUGAGAGGACAGUGAAAAUUGCUGAUUGAUAAGGCUAAUGAAAGUGGCAUCAAUGUUGCCAUAAUGUGUGUUUCAUCAUCAAAUGUACAAGUACAGUGAUCCUUCGUUUUUCGCGGUUAUUGGGGACCAAAACCAGCCAUGAUACGUGAAAAAUCGCAAAGUAGCCCCCAUAAAAAAAAAAUAAAAAAAAAAAUCUUUAAAUGUUUAUUGUAUUUUUUCAGAUUUAGCUUUGGAAAUCUACAUAUAUAAAUACAUAUAAGACAUGUUUCUUUUAUUUUUUCCCCAAAUUAAAAAAAAAAAUAAAAUUGUGAUUAAACAUUUCAAAUGUAAUAAUUAUAACAAGGUUUAAACAUGUUACUGUCCCACCAAAUUAUUUCUAAACAAGAAUAAAGUUGAAAAAUGCUUGUCUUUUUUAAAUGCUUCAUUGAGUGAGUACACUCAAAUCUGCUCAAGCUUCUCACACACAAUGAGUUGCCGCAGCAACUGCUUAACAAGUUAAACGAUGAUUGACGGAUGCCUUGCUUUGAAGUUUCAAUUCCAAAGCGUCGCUGGCAACAUCACAACUUUACGUCUGUCAAUCAUCAUUAACUUCAAUAAACAACUCCAGUGCACUGCUUGACUUAAAAAAGCGGCAGGAGCAAGAGUAAGGGAUUACGUGAUCGAAUCGAGACAGCUCUAUGAAACACUGUGGUUAUUUAUUCAUUUGUUUAAUUGGGGGAGAAAAAAAAAGAAAAAAAUCGCAAUUGACUGAGGGCACGAAGUUUGAAGCGCAAAGUAGCGGGGGUUCAUGGUAUAGCAUGUUGAGAACAAUCAGCUCUUGGAUAUUAGGGGUUUCAUUAUUGUAAAUUCACCCACACAGAGAUUUUUCUUCAAAACUUCAUUGCCAGAAAAACCUAUCUUGUCACAUUUUCUCUUUGAUGUGGCAAGUUUCAUUUCACAGCAAAAUGUCUAAAUUAUGUAUACUUUGGGAGAAUAAGUUCUUAAGUAACAGUUUAAGUAUCUGCUGUUGCCCCGAGUUUACUUCUAUGUUUACCAAUGUGGUAAUGUAGUGAGGGUUGUACAGACUGUAUAAUUGGCCCUUGGUGGAAUGCCAAACCAUCUUAAACACAGCUUAUUCAUUUAUCAUCUGAUUAAUAUAUCUGCUCCGAAUAACUGAUGAAAUAUAGAGUGUUUUUGAAAACAGUAUCGCAAUUUCUCUAAAAAUAAUCAAACUAAUGUAGUUAUAAUACAGUACUACCUGAAUAAUUAGAAUAGAGAACAAAGUAUUUUUUGGGGCAACAUAAAAGAUGAAAGCAACAAGUUUUAUUGACACUCGCAGAAAAAAACUCAGAAAAUUAGAAUACUGUGAAAAGCUUGUUUUGUACACUGUUGCCACACACGUACGUACAUACAUACAUAUUUAAAACACCUGAUAAAGUGUCCUGAGCCUUAGGUUGGCUCAGAAGAGUUCAAUCAUUGGGAAGACUGCUGUUCUGACAAGAUAUUCUAAUUUUCUGAGCAGUACUGUACGUGCUUGUUUUAUAAUAAAUUUCAAAUAUCUUACUGCAUGGAAGUAUGAAUAACAGGAGUGAUUAAUGUUUAACACUAUUUUUUGACAAAGGAUCGGCGUAGUUGAGUGCAGGUAGUAAGAUUAUAUAUAGUAGGUCAGCAAGUUGUAGAGAAAAACGAUGUGCUAGAAAAAAAAAAAAAAAACUGCAAAUUUGGAAUAAGCAUUAAUAAAUUUAGAUUUAGAUAGAAAACAUCUAACUUAAAAGAUUUUUACUUCAAUUUGGAUAUUAUUGACAUUUGUAUUAAAAAUUUCAUCUUAUUAAGUUCAGUGUUUACAGUUUAGAAAAGUUUUUUUUAAUACUGUAGAUUAUUGUAUAUUUGUGUCACCUGCAAAGUGAUUUUUAGGAGUGAAGAUGAAUUAAAUCAUUUAGAUUGAAAUAUGGCCCCAAUAUAGAGACUUGGACGACACCCCAAGCAAUGUCGAGUUUUUCCUAAUGCAUUCUGACCCAUUUUAACAUACUGUACACUACAUGUAUGAGAUUUUUAACCAACCCGCAUUCUAUUAUAGCAAAAUCCCUACAUACAUAGAGACCUAGAGAUGCAUAUUUUAUUAAAAAAGUGGCACAAGCAUUUACGCUCAACGCAUUCCAUUCCAAAUUGUCAUGACAAUAUGUCAAAAUUGAAGUCAUCGUAAGUGGCACUUCUAGCGACAACAUCGCCUCUCUCCAUUUGUGGCUGUGUUGGUUACAUUACAUAACCACUAUUAAUUUAUAAUGCAAACAAUCAGAAGAAACAUUCAUCUAAAACUACACACAGACACACACACAGACACACACACACACACACACACACACACACCCACACAACUGUGACAAAAAAAAAUUAGGUCAGAAUUUCUGAUUCAAAGUUACAAGCAAAGUAUUAGAAAUGAGCUUUAGGUAGUGUUAUGUGCUGACUGCCGGCGCCAAAAGUGUCCAAGGGUGCAAAAUUAUGAUUUAACGAUUGUUGUCCAACAAAAAUAUAUUACCCCUCCAAAAAUGAAAACUUUUUCUUUUCGCUUUUAUAUUUAUCUCUACAACUCUUUACAUUGGUCUUCAACUGCCUUUUUAUAAGAUAAAAAUAAUAGUUCACAUCAAGACACGAGAUGGAUAGCGGAAAGCAAGAAGAAAGAAAAGGACCAGACAAGUAAGGUAAGAAAAUGCCAUGAACCAUAAUAUCUGGGUUUAGAAAAACGGUGGGAAAAAAAAACAGACCAUUUGACUUCGUGUUUACUGCUGUUUAAAUAGGUGCCAAGAAGCGUUUGAUUUGUCCAAUACAUCCCGACCGGAAAUUUUCACAUUGAUCCCCCCCAUUUCAUACAGUGGGGCAAAUAAGUAUUUCGUCAACCACUAAUUGUGCAAGUUCUCCCACUUGAAAAUAUUAGAGAGGCCAGUAAUUGUUGACAUGGGUAAACCUCAACCAUGAGAGGCAGAAUGUGGACAAAAAACAGAAAAUCACAUUGUUUGAUUUUUAAAGAAUUUAUUUGCAAAUCAUGGUGGAAAACAAGUAUUUGGUCAAUACCAAAAGUUCAUCUCAAUACUUUGUUAUGUACCCUUUGUUGGCAAUAACGGAGGCCAAAUGUUUUCUGUAAGUCUUCACAACCUUUUCACACACUGUUGCUGGUAUUUUGGCCCAUUCCUCCAUGAAGAUCUCCCCAGAGCAGUGAUGUUUUGGGGCUGUCGUUGGGCAACACAGACUUUCAACUCCCUCCACAGAUUUUCUAUGGGGUUGAGAUCUGGAGACUGGCUAGGCCACUCCAGGACCUUGACAUGCUUCUUACGAAGCCACUCCUUUGUUGCCCUGGCUGUGAGUUUGGGAUCAUUGUCAUGCUGAAACACCCAGCCACGUCUCAUCUCGAAUGCCCUUGCUGAUGGAAGGAGAUUUUCACUCAAACACUCUCGAUACAUGGCCCCAUUCAUUCUUUCCUCUACACAGAUCAGUCGUCCUGGUCCCUUUGCAGAAAAACAGCCCCAAAGAAUGAUGUUUCCACCCCCAUGAUUCAGAGUGGGUAUGGUGUUCUUCAGAUGCAAUUCAGUAUUCUUUCUCCUCCAAACAUGAGAACCUGUGUUUCUACCAAAAAUUUCUAUUUUGGUUUCAUCUGACCAUAACACAUUCUCCCAGUCCUCUUCUGGAUCAUCCAAAUGCUCUCUAGCGAACCGUAGAUGGGCCUGGGCGUGUACUUUCUUCAGCAGGGGGACACGUCUGGCAGUGCAGGAUUGGAGUCCCUGGCGGCGCAUUGUGUUACUGAUAGUAGCCUUUGUUACUGUGGUCCCAGCUCUCUGUAGCUCAUUCACUAGGUCCCCCCGUGUGGUUCUGGGAUUUUUGCUCACCGUUCUUGUUAUCAUUUUGAUGCCACGGGCUGAGAUCUUGCAUGGAGCCCCAGAUCGAGGGAGAUUAUCAGUGGUCUAGUAUGUCUUCCAUUUUCUAAUAAUUGCUCCCACAGUUGAUUUCAUUACAGCAAGCAUUUUACCUAUUGAUAAUUCCGUGGUGCAGGUCUACAAUUUUGUCUCUGGUGUCCUUCGACAGCUCUUUGGUCUUGGCCAUAGUGGAGUUUGGAGUGUGACUGACUGAGAUUGACGACAGGUGUCUUUUAUACCGAUAAUGAGUUAAAACAGGUACCAUUAAUACAGGUAACGAGUGGAGCUACGUUAGAACUCACUCACAUUUUCCACUCUAAUUUGUAAAUAAAUUAUUUAAAAAUCAAACAAUGUGAUUUUCUGUUUUCCUUUUUUCCCCCCCAAAUUCUGUCUCUCAUGGUUGAGGUUUACCCAUGUUGACAAUUACAGGCCUCUCUAAUCUUUCCAAGUAGGAGAACUUGCACAAUUGGUGGUAGAAUAAAUACUUAUUUGCUCCACUGUAUAUGCUGCCAUGUAUCCCCAUGUACUGAAAUUAAAAACAAAACACAACAAAAAAAAAAGGGUCAGGGUCAGGGGGGUUUCACACCAUUUAAAAGCACCAUUUCACACGAAACAGUACUUGCUCGAUUUGUCCAUAAAGCAUCCAGGCUUCUUUCAGCCAGGAAAUGAUUUCUGACGGAUCUAGCUGGGCCUCAUGUUAAAGAGUACCUCCAGCCACCAGUCAUGGGGAAAAAAAGUGAUAUGCGGCAUGGUAAAUUGAACAGCACAUUAUUGCACCUGGCACCAAGCGUUCAAAUAGAGACACUUAUGUUCAUUUCAUUCGAUUAUAGAUGGUAACGUUCCUGCUCGUGAAACUGACUUGGCAUUCCCCACAAUUUCUCAUACUAGUUGAAGGGUUACUAGUUGAAGGGUUAGGACACAGAGUGAGGAUUCAGAGAAGCUGAGGUGCAGAGUCUAGCUCACUUAAGAUACAAAUGCAUUUGCAUGAUCACUGCCUCUUAGCCCAGUUGAAGGGGGAUGUAACAACCACAAAGUAGGCAGGUACAUGAAUGUUGAAUUGCUUUUCAACAUGAAAACGAUGAAAUCAGAUUUGUCAGUUUACAAGUGCUAUGUUUUUCAAAGGUUAUUGACACUAAUCGUGAAACACUAUAGAUGUCAAACUUUUUUUUUUUUAAUCCCAUAUUGUCAAUGCAACAAUAACAUGAAGUUGGUAGUGCUAUCAGUGAGAGGUUUAAAAGAAAAAAAAUGUACUUACAUUGCCCAUGUAUUCAGAAAGCAGAUCCUGUAGAGCCUGGCGCACUGAAUUGCAUUCAGCCACAAUUCGCUCUCUGCGGUCAUCCCGUGUGCAAGAAGAGUCAGCCAUGAGGGCAGCACCACUGAUGAUGCUUUCAAGACGUUCCUCCAGGGAUGGACGAAAGCGCUCCUCGCUAAACGCCAGGGGGUCCACAAUGAUUUGUUUCUGAAGUGGGGGGAAAUGCCAUUGUGUAUUACUUAUCUGUCACAAUGUUAGUUCAUUAAGCACCCACGAUUACAGUCACGUCCCCCACCCCCCCCGCAUUCCAUCUAAUGUGACCUCCUCUGGUUCCGCUUCAAUAUUGCCAUGGCAACAACAACAUCAGAGACAAAAAAUGGGGUUGCAGUGCUGGCGGAGGUUGGGCUGACUCAUCUAUUAAUUUUACCCUACACAGCCUUAUCAAUCACUUGAAAUAUCAUAUAGAGGAGAGGAACAUGAUAUCAAACUAAACUACAAUCCUGGCCACUAAUCGUAGUAAACCUGGGCUCCAGACUAAUUUGUCUUAAUCUGUAUUUAUAGAAAUGCACUCAGUUCAUCAUUUAAUCAACUUUUUUUUUUCCCAUAAUCAUUUUUUAAAAUGUUUUUGUGUUGAUUUAUUGUAAUACUUUCCAAUUAAGUGCAACCUCCUGCAAAUUCCUAUGAGUAAUCAAGCAGUGUGUUACAUAUACAGUACAUGUGUACGCAAGUGACAGCCAAACAGUUUACAUCAAUCAAGAGGGUAAAAAAACAUCCUACUGGGAGCAACACAGCAAGUAAUGCAACGCUCUGCUGAAUGGUUCAAUAGCUAAUCAACACUAGAACAGGUUUGAACUUGCAAUGAGAAUAAAGUACAUCUUUAGAAUUAAUUGACAAUCAGGUAAUUAUCUUAACACGCUAAACAUUUUGUUAUCAAAAUGGCUUAUUAUCACCCCACGCAACAUCAAAUUACGGGUUCUGUGUUAUAUGCUGCUGUUUGUUUUUAUCAUUGUCAUUAUACAGAGUUUCAUGAAUAUGGUCUCAAAUACGUCAGUUAAAGUUGCAACAAUCGAAUAAUAAGCAAACAAUGUUUCCGAUGUCACUAUUUCCUCAGUACGUCCUGGUGGCUAUCCGGCCCUUGUCGUUUUUAGAUUGAAAUGUUCUAUAAACUAUUUCCUCAGUACGUCCUGGUGGCUAUCCGGCCCUUGUCGUUUUUAGAAUGAAAUGUUCUAUAAAAUAAAAGACGUAAAAGCCGAAUUGGUUUUUUUUAUAUGAACGCAGAAAUUUCUAAAUUACUAGGUUUUUGCCAAAAAACGGGCAGUUGGCCGAAAAUGACCUGAUUAUUUGAAUUUGAAGUUAAUCAAAACUUACUUUCAGUAUUAAAUGACUUAACUCACUCCUCAGAAUUUCAUCUUUGAAACAUCUUAAGAUUUUUAAUAGAAGAUUCAAAGUAAGAUGUAUAAACAUUGCUUUUACAGUAGAAAAGAAAACUCAAAAUGUUUCCCAAUUUUAAGACAUCACUGACUAAACCCAUAAUUAAAUCUGAAUCAGGUCAUAUUAAGCCAUCUUUAAAAUUACUGUUAGCUUAGAUAAAUACGGUACGGGCCGCUACUCGAAGCUUCCAGAGUUUACUGAACAUAUAAUACUUAUAAGCUGCUCUGCCAGUGGCUAUUGCCUCGCAUCUUCCUGGCAUCCAAUUGGCAAAGAUGGACCUCUACGGUAUGUGUAAUUUUGUACCCCAGCGUCCUUUUCAUUCGCCUCCCGGGCCAUAAGGUACAUUAAGUUUUUUUUUUUUUUCUUUACUCUUUGUUUUAUACAUUAAGCUCAACACUCAUUUUAUGUGUAAAUGGUAAAUGGACAGUACUUAUAUAGCGAAUUUAUCCACAUGGUUACCAUGCCCAAAGCGCUUUACAUUAGCACACAUUUACCCUUUAACGCACACAUUCACACACCAAUGGUGCUGCUGCCAUGCAAAGCGCUGCCAACCCUUUGGGGGUUGGCAACCUAUUGCAAACAAGUUGUUUGUGCCUUGCCCAAGGGCACUUCGACAGUCGGCAGUCAUAGCCAGGAAUCGAACCGUUGACCCUUCGGUCGAAGGACAACUCCAGCCACCAACUGCGCCACGGCCGCCCUGUGUAUCGUGCAAUAAUCAAAAUGUAACAUGUAGGUAUUUGUUAUAUGUUUUGAUGCAUUUUUGUGCUUUAUAAAAGAUUUAUGUCUGAAUUUGGGGGUGCUUGAAACGGACAAGGGCAUUCGCAAGGAAAAUGCGUCUUUACGGAAUAUUCAGUAUAUGAAACUACGUUCAGAACCAAUUAAUUUCAUAAGUAAAGGUACCACUGUACUAGGAUCUACGUUGUACAUUUUUUGCUGCUGACAAACGUCUGCUCCACACUCAAGUCCAGUUGGUUUUGAUAAUGCACAAAUGAGAAUAUUUACUUCGCGGAUUAAAUUGACACUAAUGCACAAAUAAGAUGUAAAGUGAGAGAAAAUAGAAUUAAAUAUAGUGUCAAUGAAAAUUUUAUGAUGCGGGCUACUUUAGUUCUGGUAAGAUAAAGUUGGUCAGGUGUUCUGAAAAUUACAACAAUCGACCCAAUAUUUGCAAUUUUUUGGCGACCAAGUGUUUUCCUCCCAAUAAACAUACUUUCACUUUAUAUGGAAGUCAUGGUGCACAAGCAAACUGGCUAUCAUUCAUCAACCACUUGUACUUACGUCAAAAUUGUUGAGGGCAUAUGCUAACUCUCCACCACCUGCCGGCUGAUUGAGUGCAGAGUCUUCUGUGGCAGUGGCCUGAGCGGCAUUGGAGAUGCCAGAAACUGCAUGCUGCAAUUGCUUGUAGAUGAGGUCACGGUUAGCCUUGUAGGCAGCCACGUCGGGGUGCUGCAGGCAUGCACGGGAUGCUGUGUACAGCAUGGGGAUGUUCUUCUGGAGAACACCGCGAGCGGCAGCCAUUUGGUCCUUGUGUUGAGAAUCCUUUAACUCCUAAAUGAAGUGAUAAAACUCCAUGUCAAUAAAAAAAUACAGCCAGAAGCUAUACAAUAAGGACUGUACCGUACCUGCUGUCUUUUUGCUGCCAU